AUGGAUAAGUUUGACAAUUGUGCGAUCCAACAAAUUCCUCGCUAUGAAAAUGAUAAAGCGGACGCAUUAUCUAAGUUCGGAGCUACCAUGGCAGGUAUAAAGGAUCGCAGAAUUACAACAAUAAUUCGUGAUAAGACAGUGAUCACCGAAAGUUUGAAUGUAGAGAUGCAUCUAAAAACGCAAAUUGUGGCUAAGGGAUCGUGGGUCGAGGAACUGCCAGGAGUUCUCUGGGCCUAUCGAACAACCCUGCAAACUGCAACAGGUGAGACUCCAUUUUGCUUAGUUUAUGAAACUGAAGCCAUUAUCCAUAUAAAAAUGGGUGAGGAAUCCCAAAGGGUCAUGACGUACGACUCUGAGACCAACCAAGACGAAAGGAGUUUCGAUCUAAUCACAAUUGAAGAGAGGAGGGACAUGGCGUAUGCGAGGAUAAUGCAUCAUAAGGGAAUGAUGAUGAAAAACUACAACCGGAAGGUGAAACCAAGGCAGUUGCAGGUGGAAGAUCUCGUGCUAAAAAUAGUUGAAGUGACUUGCCAUGUGGGGAAGCUCGACCCCGCAUGGGAAGGACCAUAUAAAGUGAUUGAAAUUAAAAAGAGGGGGACUUAUAAGUUGAAAGACAUGCAGAGGCAGAAGUUACCGCGACCUUAUAACAUACACAACUUGAAGAAGUUCUAUGCCUGA